UCUUAUCUGACCUCUGUACUAGUAGCCCAGCAAAGGCAAGUCAGCAACGUCCCAACCCCCAAAAGCCCAAAACAGCAGAGCAAAACCCCGGCUCCUCCCGCCGCCGCCGCCGAUGCCGAAGCCGGCGACCUCCGUCGCGUCGCUCCUCCCGAAGUUAUGGCACCGCCGCUUUCUUCCCCCUUCCCUCGUCCCUCGCGCCCUUUCCUCCUCCUGUCCCCUCCUCACUACCCACUCGGCCCCACGCCGCCGCUCCCGGCUCUCCCCUUCCACGCACAUCGCCCCCGCUGCCACAGUGUCAACCGCCGCGGCGGUCGAGGCCCCAACAACCACAGCAUAUCCAGUGUAUGAUCGGCUUCUGCCGUGCCCCUUGCAAGACGACCCUCCACGAAUCGAGCACCUCGUAGCUCGGGAGGACGAGGUGGCAGCUGAUUUCAUCUCCAGGUCUCUCGGCCUUCCUCCUCUGUAUGUUGCAGAUCUUAUCAAGUUUGGGGCUGUGUACUAUGCCCUUGUUGCGCCACAGCCGCCCCCAUACGCAGCUCCAGAGCAUGUUAGGAUCUUUAGGGAAGUGACCGAUCCAUCUGUUCUGCGCCGGAGGGCGUCCAUUAAGGGGAAGACGGUGAGGGAAGCACAGAAGACAUUUAGGGUGACGGAUCCCAACCAGCUUCUUGAGGCCGGCACAUAUCUGAGGGUUCAUGUGCACCCCAAACGGUUUCCGAGGUGUUAUGAAAUUGAUUGGAAAUCAAGGGUAAUAGCAGUUGCUGAUGACUACGUUGUCCUCAAUAAACCAGCUGCAACCUCAGUGGGAGGAGCAACUGAUAACAUUGAGGAAUCCUGUGCUGUGUUUACUUCACGUGCAUUAGGGUUGGAAACACCGUUAAUGACGACUCACCAAAUUGACAACUGCUCUGAAGGCUGUGUAGUACUGUCUAAAACUAAAGAGUUCUGCUCAGUUUUCCAUGGACUGAUAAGGGAAAAACAGGUCAAAAAAGUGUAUCUUGCGCUUACUACAGCACCUGUGUCUACAGGAACAAUUACCCAUUAUAUGCGUCCUGUUAAUCGCGCUCCUAGAUUAGUUUCAGAAGAUCAUAUUGCAAAAUGGUAUCUCUGUCAAAUGGAGGUGCUUGAUUGUAAGAAGGUACCAUGGCCAAGUUCUUUGACCAGGAAAGCUUACAAUGUAAACGACUGUGGAUGGCCCCAGCAAGAAGCUGCCUAUGAAUGUAAAAUCAAUCUCUUGACAGGGAAAACUCAUCAGAUAAGGGCACAGCUUGCUGCCAUAGGCACUCCAAUUAUAGGGGAUUCUGCAUACAUGACUGCCGCAAUGGCAGCGAAGGCUAAUCCAAGCAUAAACCCAUUCAGAAGGGAGAGGCUGAGUUACAAUAGUGAAGAGGAGAAAGAAGCUGCCGUUGAAGCAUGGAUUGCUGCCCACGGCAAGGAACCAAAAUCCGUAAUUGGCCUGCAAGCAUCAGAAAUCUCAUGGGAUCAUGAAGGUGAACACCACAGCUAUAAGGCAGGGGUUCCGUGGUGGCGGCAGGAUUCAGUGGAGUCUGACCUGGUAUGAUAAAAAAAAUGGUAUAUGGGAAUAUCAACCAUGUAUUCUUUGAAGUAACAAAAGAGAAACAGAUGUCCAAAUUUACUGAUAAACGAUGGCAUAUGCCUCAAUGCCUGGGGUGGGACUCAUUGAGGCAUCAUGGGAGAUUGGGAGGGGAUGGUUGGCCACCAGCAACAGAAAACCUAACACGCCGAAAAUGUUCAGGGGAAUGUUUUAGUUUGAGUUAAAUAUACAGCAGCUCUUGAACUUGUCCCAAGGUGCUA